AUGCCAACAACUCCUCCUUCUAAUAAUCCUCCUCGCAUUGCAAACAGGCUGCGUGCUGGACCUGCUGGCUUAUUGUAUGUACCCUAUUCAUUCCUGAUCCCAAUAAAUACAUUCUACGACGACGAGGACGAUGUAGACACAAGAGGCCUUGAUCUCGAACUCCGUACUCUUGAUGGUUUAGAACUGCCACCCGACUAUUGGGCUUACUUCAACAAAACUAGUCAGACUGUGGCAGGGAUACCAUUGGCGUUUUUAGCUCUUGGACCAGCAACUUUCGUCUUGGAGGCAAGAGACAGUGCUGGGUUAGUGACAAGAUUGGCUUUCACUAUUUUGAUCAAUUUCAAUUUCCUUACGACGACCAACACGCUGGUUCAGACAUUUGACGUCGACUUCUCGUCGUUCAAUUCCGAUUCUACACAGAAAGCCGAUCUGGUUGAGAGACUGUCAAGUGGAGCUGGAGUCCAACAAGACUUGAUGCUUGUUCAGUCCUUCACAUCCGGUAGUGUUCGGUUACUAUGGUCCAUAGCAACGGAAUCUUCAUCCGAUUGUGAUAAAAUCCAUGAAGCCUUAGAUCGGAUGGAGUCGCCUAACGGGACCCCCACGCCUCAAUUCGUUUCCAUCAUGGGUCCUUUCCCUCCAGUAGGUUCAAUUGAAGUGACAAGGAGUGGACUGUGUGCUGUGACUCCACCGACUGUUUGA